ACAAACAAAAAUAUGGGUAAACAUAAACAUAAAAGUAAAUCUAAAAAAAUGAAAAAACAUAAAAACUCCAAAUAUGAUAAAUCAUCAGAUUCUGAUUCAGAUGAUUCUGCUGCUGAGAUUGUAUGGACCGAAUCUGUAUGUGAUAAUGAAGUUCAAGCCAAAGAAUCUAUCAAUAAUGAUCAAGGUGAAGAUUUAUUUGAUUUUAUAACGAAAACUUCGAAAAAUAACACGACAAAACAAACUGUUGCUGAUAAGAAUAAAAACGAAAUUGCCAACAACGAACAACGGAUUCGGUAUUCACGUGAAUUGAAUAGCUAUUUUCGUGAUGAUAUCAACAAACGAUUCAUUGAUGAUCCAGAUGAAUUGAAAAAGAUUCAUGAAUCUCAGAAUGAAGAACAAGUUGAAAAAGAAGAAGAAGAACCUGAAGAAGGUGACGAGAAUGUCAGCGAUGCUGAAUUGAAUUCUUUAAAUGCUAAAUUAUUGAAAGCAGAAAUGCUUGGCAAUACCGAAUUGGCCAAUGAAUUGAAAGCGAAACUUGAUCAAUUAAAACGUACAAAAUCUACAAAAUCCGUUAAAUAUGUAAAUAAAACCAUCAAACAAAAGGACGAAAAAACCGAAGAUUCAAUGUCUGUGAAAGAAUUGUAUCUAAAAACGAAAAACAUAACAGCACGUGAAGAAGCAAUGCGUUUUGUGGCUACAACAUCGAAAAUUCGUACCACCGAUGAUGAAUAUGACGGUGUUCGUGGCGCAAAAAAAGCUAAAUUCGAUACCGUUGGUUUUGAACGAAUUCGUUUUACCGCCAGCAACAAUGAUGAUUAUAAAUGUGAUUGGUGUUUGGAAUGUCGAAAAGCGAAUCGUCAUUUGAUAUUGAAAUUUCCCGAACAAUUAUCGCAUUGUUAUGCAACAUUAACAUCAUAUAAACCAUUGAUCAAUAAUGUUUGUAUGAUUGUAUCAAGAAAUCAUUCUUACAAAUGUAGCCUAGAAGCUGAUCAAGAUAGUUGGACAGAAAUACGACAAAUGAUGCGAAAAUUAUCUGGAUUUUUCAACAAUUACUACAACUGCAUCACAGUAUUUAUGGAGACAUUUUUCGUGAAUAAAAAACGAAAUCAAAAUCUAUCCAAUCAUCAUUUUGUCAUUGAAUGUUAUCCGAUUAAAAAACGUUUCGAAACCGAUGCUAAAAUCUAUUUCCAUAAAGCUAUACUAGAUUGUGAACAAGAAUGGUCGAUUAAUAAAAAAUUGAUUAAAUUGGAAAAAAAUCCAAUUACACGAAAAUUACCGAAAGGUUUAGCCUAUUUUUGGGUUAGCAUUGGUCCAGAUUUCGAUGGUUAUGGUCACGUUAUCGAAGAUGAAGAUUAUUUUGAUAGAAAUUUUGGAAAGGAUAUAAUAUUCGGAAUGUACGAUGUUCAGCCUCGAUUAAAAUCAAGAAACGAAAAUUAUGAUGAACAAAUGAAACGGAUAAAAGAAUUGAAAACAAAAUGGAACGACGAUCAAACAUGA